AUGCCUUUCGUCAUCAGAAGGCCUGAAGGCGAGGUCGGUGCCGUUUGGCCCGCCAUCGCCGUCGGCACAUUCGUUGCUUUCGGUGGUGUCCUCUAUGGUUACGAUACAGGAACUAUCUCCGACAUUUUGGCGAUGGACUACUGGCUGAAGCUGUUUGCUACCCACACUGAUGCUAGUGGUGCACCUGUCAUCACAGCCAACCAAUCAUCCGAAAUUGUCUCGUUGCUCUCGGUCGGUACUUUCUUCGGCGCUCUCUGUGCCUCUCCUACUGGUGACCUUCUUGGUCGCAAAUUGGGCCUGAUGGCUUGGUUACUCGUUUUCUGUGUCGGUGUGGUCCUCCAAACUGCCGCAACUGCAAUCCCUCUAUUUGUCGCUGGUCGUUGUAUUGCUGGGUUCGGCGUUGGUGGCAUCUCGGCUCUUGUUCCGCUAUAUCAAUCUGAGACUGCGCCCAAAUGGAUCCGUGGAACUAUCGUUGGUGCAUACCAGCUCGCUAUCACAAUUGGUCUUCUACUCGCAUCUAUCGUCGGCAAUGCCACCAAGAACCGUCAAGACACUGGAUCUUAUCGCAUUCCCAUUGCUGUUCAGUUUGCUUGGGCCAUCAUCCUCUUUUCUGGUUUGGUUAUUCUUCCCGAGACUCCCAGAUUCUAUAUCAAGAAGGGCAAAUAUGAGCAAGCCGCCCACUCUCUGUCAAGACUCAGACGCCUUCCGAUCGACCACCCUUCCGUAGUCUCAGAGCUUGCCGAGGUCACCGCGAAUCACGAGUACGAGAUGUCUCUCGGUAAGGCUAGUUACGUCGACUGCUUCAGGGGGAAUCUCGGCAAGCGUCUUGCUACCGGAUGUGGGCUUCAGGCUCUUCAGCAGCUGACUGGUGUGAACUUCAUCUUCUACUACGGCACGCCGUUCUUCAAGAGCUCCGGGAUCGGCAAUCCCUUUACCAUUUCGCUGAUCACUUCUUGCAUUAACGUAGCCUCGACUUUCCCUGGCUUGUACUUGGUUGAGAAGUGGGGAAGAAGAAAGCUUUUGCUUUUCGGAGCCAUCGGCAUGGCAACCUGUCAACUGAUUGUCGCCGGUGUCGGUCUCCUCCCUACCGAGAAUCAAUCUGCUCAGAAGGCUCUUGUCUCUUUCGUCUGCAUCUACAUCUUCUUCUUCGCCUCCACCUGGGGCCCUUGUGCAUGGGUUGUCACUGGUGAAAUCUUCCCCUUGAAGGUUCGUGCCAAGUCUCUGUCAAUGACUACUGCCUCCAACUGGCUGCUCAAUUGGGCCAUCGCCUACUCGACCCCCUACAUGGUAGAUGCUAUCCAUACCAAUGUGUUCUGGAUUUGGGCUGGGUUCUGCGUACUCUGCUGCUUCUUUGUGUACUUCAUGAUCUACGAAACCAAGGGUUUGUCUUUGGAGCAAGUCGACGAGCUCUACGGAAAAGUUUCUCAGGCCUGGAAGUCAGAAGGCUUCGUCCCCACCGUCUCCUUCCAAGACGUGCAGGACGUUACCGGCGGUGCUUCUCGCAACCAGUCUCUUGCUGAUAUCGAGAACACUGCUAUGCGCAAGAAGAGUGUUACUCACCAGGAGAGCAUUAUGGCUGAGAAGGUCUAA